UAUAGAAGGAGGCGGCCCUGGAGGGCCAGACAGCGCGCGAUCUCCAGAAACCUAAGGUUGCAACGGGUCUGCUUCUGACUGGCUGACUCCUGCGCUUCUGAUUGUUGCGCCCUUUGAUGGCGUUUUGGAGAUUGUUGGCUGCUGAGGGGGCGGCGGCGUUGCGGCGGAUUGACCGGGGCCCCCUCCCUGCGGGCUUGCACCUGGCGGCGCAGUCCCUGCUGCAGCGCGCUCACCACUCCCUGCUCACAGCGCCCGUCAGCACGCACGCCGCGCACACAGUGCGUCAGGCGCUCGGUGAUGCCCUGCUGGGUGUGCGGGGGCCAGGCGGUGCGCGCCGCGGGCUGGCCUACUUCCAGGGCCAGGAAGCUGCGCACCGCUGGCGCCAGAUGGACCACUCCUCCAGCUUUGCGCGGCGCGGCGUGGACGGGGACAAGGCGGCGGCGGCCUACCUGCGUGACCUGGCCCGGCGGGACCCCGCAGCGCUGGUGGCGCAGUACGAGGCGGGGCAGCUGCCCAUCACGGAGGCCACCGUGACGGAGUACGUCAAGGCGCUCGCCGCGCUGGACCGCCUGGACGGGGCCGCCCUCCUGCGCACCAUGCACCAGGGUGCCCCCCACUCCGCGAGCCCCCCUCUCCCCCCUGCCUCCCUUGGGGCCGCUGCUGCAGACAUGGCGGGAGGAGCCUUCCUACCUGGACAAGGGGCUGUCACAGCAGAUGGGGUGUUGGGCACGGCCAAGGCGCCGCUGCACAUGGUGACGGCGGACGGGGGCUGGAAGCGGCAGGCGUGGGCCACGCUGCGCACGCUGGGCACCGCCUUCCUCGUGCUCUCCGCGCUGGGGGCCAUGGUGGAGGACAACAAGAUCGGCAAGAACCUGGGCCUGAGCGAGGAGGUGCAGCCGGCGCUGGAGAGCAGCACCAAGUUUGCGGAUGUUAAGGGCGUGGACGAGGCCAAGGCGGAGCUGGAGGAAAUUGUGCACUACCUGCGCGACCCCAAGCGCUUCACCCGGCUGGGGGGCAAGCUGCCCAAGGGCGUGCUGCUGGUGGGCCCUCCUGGGACGGGCAAGACCAUGCUGGCCAGGGCCAUUGCAGGGGAGGCCGGCGUGCCAUUCUUUUACAGCAGCGGGUCGGAGUUCGAGGAGAUGUUUGUGGGCGUGGGCGCGCGGCGCGUGCGCGACCUGUUUGCGGCGGCCAAGAAGCGGUCGCCGUGCAUCAUCUUUAUGGACGAGAUCGACGCGGUGGGCGGGAGCCGCAACCCCAAGGACCAGAAGUACAUGAAGAUGACGCUGAACCAGCUGCUGGUGGAGCUGGACGGCUUCAAGCAGAACGAGGGCAUCAUCGUCAUCGCCGCCACCAACUUCCCCGAGUCCCUCGACAAGGCGCUGGUGCGGCCUGGCCGCUUUGACCGCCACGUGGUGGUGCCCAACCCGGACGUGGAGGGGCGGCGCCAGAUCCUGGAGUCGCACAUGGCCGCCAUGCCGCGCGGCGCCGACUGCGACCUGACGAUCAUCGCGCGCGGCACGCCCGGGUUCAGCGGCGCGGACCUGGCCAACCUGGUGAACGUGGCGGCGCUCAAGGCGGCCAUCGACGGCAAGAAGGCCGUGGACAUGGAGGCGCUCGAGUUCGCCAAGGACAAGAUCCUGAUGGGCACCGAGCGCCGCAGCGCCGUGCUCACGCCCGAGUCGCGCCGGCUGACCGCGUACCACGAGGGCGGCCACGCGCUGGUGGCGCUGCACACGGACGGCGCGCUGCCCGUGCACAAGGCUACCAUUGUGCCGCGCGGCAUGGCGCUCGGCAUGGUCACGCAGCUGCCCGACAAGGACGAGACGUCGGUGAGCCGGCGGCAGAUGCUGGCCCGGCUGGACGUGUGCAUGGGCGGACGGGUCGCGGAGGAGCUCAUCUUCGGGCCCGCCAACGUGACGUCAGGCGCGAGCAGCGACAUCGCAGCCGCGACGCGCAUGGCGCGGCAGAUGGUGACCAAGUACGGCAUGAGCGCCGCGGUGGGCUGCGUGGAGCUCAACUACGAGGACGACGGGAAGCAGCUCUCGCCCGCGACGCGCGCGGUGGUGGAGGCGGAGGUGAAGGACAUGCUGGGCGCCGCGUACGCCAACGCGAAGCGCAUCCUGGUGGAGCACGAGAAGGAGCUGCACGCGCUCGCGCGCACGCUGCUGGAUCAAGAAACACUGACGGGGCAGCAGAUCAAGACGUUGAUCGAGGAGGUGCGCGCCGGACGCGAGCCCAGCAUGCUGGCGGCCCCGCGGGGCCAGCCGGUGGGCGCGGCACCGGCAGGCAGCAUGGCGGGCAAGGGGCCGCGCAAGCAAGGGGCGGGCGCGGCAGCUGCGGCCUCAUGACAGUCGAGUCGUUGUUGCCAUCGGACGAGGCCGGGGUUGGCAAGCAGGACGUGACGCAGGAAGAAGUUGACCGCGUGCGCAUGGGGGAGCUUCUGAAGGCAAGGGCAUGUCAACUUCCCUGUUCAGCUGUAGCUGGUUAUGCCCACACUCCGCUGUUGCUCUUUGCUGGAGGCUGUGUACACGGCUGGUAAAACACGCAGGGCGAUAGUGCAUGUCUUUACCGUUGGAAGACUGGGGAGGACAUAGCGCUGGUUUGAACGGCACCCUUUGGGUUGAGGGUAGACUUCAAUUUUCCGUGUAUUGAAUCAUUGACACACGCAGGCGUCUCAGGUCAUGCAAUGGAUGCAAACAAUGAGCUCUAUCUUGUCAUCAACGUAUUACAUACUUUGCACUGAUCCCGAUUGGCAAUAUUAGCACGUACUACAAAUGGUUAAAUCUUGACACCAUCCAGACAGUUGAUUGAGCACGUGAACUUUCAUAUGGGCCUCUGGCAGCUUUGGCGGUUGCAGUUUCUUCGACCACCGUACGUGUAUAAGCUAAAUACUAUGAUUUUGAAGUAAGUUAGGCAGUCUUGAUCAGCAA